AUGGAUCCGAAUAGAAACUCGCGACCUCCUUUGGAGGAUCCUGGGAGCGCCUCGCCCUUGUCCAUCAUGGGAACUCAAAAUGUUCUUCGCCAAUCCAUCCGUCCUUCGCAGCCUCCGCAGCCCGAUACGGAGAAGGAGGAGCUACGCGUACAAGUCAGCACUCUGCGAUACGAGCUGGAGAAUAUCAAACAGGAGCGGGAUUUGAUGAUGCUCCGCCAUGACAAGGAACUCCGAGAUCUACAAUUGAAGGCCGAUGCGGACUUCAGGAAGGCGCAGGCUGCAGAAUCCGCUAGUCAUCGCGCCAACCAUAAGAGCGAAACGCUUGCCAAAGAGUUGAAGGAAGUUCAGGACCAGGCCCUUAACGACAAGGUCGGACUAGAGCGGAAACUUAGAAGCCUACAGGAUGAAAAGCAGAACAUCCAGGAGGAACUGGAAGAGACUCAAGCUCAGCUUCUCGACCAGGAAAGGCAACACAAACAUCAGAUCAAUGAACUAGAAACAAUUCGCUCGUCCCUUCAGAAAACGCUCGAGGAACUGCAGAACGAUCUUCAAAAUGCAAGAAACAGUUUACAAUCAACUCAAGAGAAACUGUCACAGCGAGAUAUGGAUGUUGCCAACCUUGAAACGGAAAACAUUCGCUUGAAAGCAGAGGGGGCUGACGGAGAAACAAUGUCCGUAUUGAAGAGGGAGCUUUCUGAUCAAGUUGCUCACAUUAGGAACUUGGAGACUGCAAAUCGAGAACAGACGGCAGAACUGCGCCACCUGCGGAAAGUCCAGAAGAAUGUCGAGGUAGUAGAAGAACAAAAGAAGUCACUGGAAAAUCAGCUCCAGCUCAUGAAGGAAGUGGAGUCGGAAUUGAACACUCUGCGGAUCCAGAAACAGAUCCUAGACGAUGAGCGUAGCUCGUGGACCAGUCUGCUGCAGGAGAAUGAUGAACCUGCAGAAUUUGACUCGCCCGAGGCAGUCGUCAAAGCCCUGUUGCAAGAACGGAUUGAGAAGGCGACAUUGGUCGACAAAUUGGGCAGUAUCGAGGCACAAUUCUUGGAAAAAGAUGAGAUAAUCAAGAGCUUGGAGACUGAGAGAGCCAACCUCCGUCAGGAGCUAGAGAAAUUGCGCGCUGCCGGCGCCACCACUGGCGGAGCCACAGCUGAGAGUCGCAUCAGGGCUAGAUUAGAACGUCAGCGGGCACUUGCAGUCAAGGAGGUUGAGUAUCUUCGCGCGCAGUUGGAGACUUUUGACACGGAAGAGGUCACUCUGAACGCGGAACAAAGCCAGUUCGACCAACGCAAAUCUGAGCAGAUCGCCAACCUGGAAAAGCUUGUUGAUGAAUACCGCGCGGAAGUGCAAAAAGCUCAUGAAGAGCUCGCGAAGCGUGAAGCUCCACAGCAGGAGGAUACACAAGCCCGAGGCGUCAAACGACCGUUGUCACCAGCUGAGAGCGACGCGGAGAACGAAAGACUCUCUGUCUUGACGCGGAAGAACCGGACGCUGCAAGACUCUCUUUCCAAGUCUGAACAGGCCGCAGCCCUCCUCCGCAAGGAACUGGAAGCGACCAAAACCCAGCUCAAGUCCCUCAAGGCCAAGUCUCGUACACGCAUCUUGGAGCUGCGCGACAAUCCCACCGCCGAAGCGGAAAAGCUCAAGUUCUCCACUAUCGCAACUCUCCGGGCAGAAAAUCGAGAUCUCCUGGCCCAACUGCAGGCCAACCACGCGGACGUCAAAGUUGUGCCCGUCAGCACCCUCGAAAGCAUGAAACUGGAGCUCAACGAGAUGGAGAAAGUAGUCGCUGACAAGGAAAAGCGCAUGCGCCGCUUGAAGGAAAUCUGGACCGCAAAAUCGUCCGAGUUCCGCGAAGCAGUCGCCUCUCUGCUAGGCUACAAGCUGGAUUUCCUUCCCAAUGGACGCGUCCGCGUCACCUCCAUGUUCCACCUCUCCCCCGCCUACCGACACGGCGACGGCAGCGCCUCCUCUGACUCCCGUGGGCCGGGAAGCAUGGGCAACGGCGAAGAGAACUCCAUCAUCUUUGACGGCGAGAACGGCACGAUGAAGAUCUCCGGUGGCCCGAACAGUCUUUUCGCGAUGGAGAUCAAACAUCUGAUCAAGUUCUGGGUCGAAGAACGAAAGGAUAUACCCUGUUUCCUGGCGGCAAUGACGUUGGACUUUUAUGAUAAGACCACGCGGGCUGCGAGGAUGUGA